AUGGCGCUUUUGGCCCGCAAAAAGGGCAAGAAGCUUCUCGCCCAGCUUUUUGAGCUCCAGAAAGACGACGUCGACAUAACAAUCCCUACUUUUAUAUCCGUCAAGUUCUAUCUCAAAGACAAGCCGCGCUGCAACAACGUCCAGGUUUCGCCAAGCGGCGACGAGCCCAGCUUGGGCAUCAUCGACCGCGCUCACCUGCCCAGAUUUAUCCUUUCCCAACUCGAGGCACAAGGCAUUGCUGACGAACAUACGGAGACUGUGCAACUGUACCCAGUUCUCUCCUUCAUUCUUCUGUCACUUCCGGCUCGGCCCUUGAAAAAGACCGCCUGCUUCCCCACACUGUUCUGCUGGCACUGCUGCCACACCCGCCGGACUCGUCUCCUUUUCGGCUACCUCGACGUCGACAUGCUCUCCCGGUCAUACACGCCCGCCGAGCUUCUUGCCCUGCGAGCUUCGAGGUCCAUUGAAGGAAUCCUCACCGCCGGACGGAACGACCCCGAGCUGGCCAGCAUUAUCGUCGCUCCCAGAGAGAGAUCUGUCAAUACCCUCGGGGUUGUCGGUUCUGCGAGCACGAUGAGGCCGACCCAAAAGACCAGCAAGGAUGGCUCGUCCGCCGAGCCUGAUGAGGUGGUUUUCAAACGCCGCCUCGAGCAUCAGUUCCCGGUGAUCGACCCGGCCUGGAAGCUCCGUGGGCGAGGAGGCUCCGAGGUCGUUCCCAGCAUCGGACAGCAGUUUGACAAGCAACCAACCAAUGCUCCCGGCGAGAUAGCCUCUCAGCACCACGAGGGAUUCCAGCGCUUCUACAAGACCGUUGUGUCUCCCACUCAUGUACGGGUCACCGCAGGCGGGCGCAUCGUGCCCAACACCCGAGGCAUGCUGUCUCCCACGAUCAAACGUCCCAGGGACAAGUCGGCGUUUGAGACCGCCAAGGCCAACGGCAGUCCUGUCCAGACUCGCACCGCCCUACCUCCCUCGGCUGACUCCGAUGCCGCUCCCAAGGCCCAGCAGGCGACACAAGCUCAUAUGCGUCUCCCUCCUCCUCUCUUUGCAGCCUUCUCUCCCAGCUCGUUUGCCUCGCCCGUUCCUGGUAGUCCAAUCCAGCUCAUGGCGCCUCCCAUGAUGCCUAUCAAUCUCCCUUAUGGCACCUACCAUCAAGCCUCUCGGUCUUCGCAACCCUCCCGCAAGCCGCAAGCAAGCCCGAAGGGACCGCUGCAGGAGCUCCAGGCAAGGAAGGACGAGAACGAGGCGUCAAAGCAGCAGUCAGGCUCGCAACAGCCUGAAACCAAGGGCCCCAAGAUUUCCCCGAUCGAGCAGCUCGAUUUGACGAAACCUUACGUCGUCAAUGGCCAGCUGUUCUAUCCGGUACCCAGCGGUAACUUCCCAGCCAUGGGCGUUCCAAUGGUUGCUGGUAUUCCCGGCUUUGCGCCCCUUCACCCACAAGUUACAGGCAUGGUGCCUCACCAUCUGUCUAUGAAUCCCAUGUUCGGGGGUUUGGGCUUCCCUGGUGCCCCAGGAAUGAUCCCAGGAAUGGUCCCUGGAGCUGCACCACCCGCCGUGCAGCAGCAGCAGCAGCAGCAGCAGCGGGGUCAUGUGCAACAGAGCCAAGGUGGUUCUCUCGGUCUUCGGCCACCUUCAGCACCUUCGGGACCACCCAUCUCGUCGAUCAAGCCAAGCGAUAUCACAAAAAAGCAGAUCGAGUCUCUCAAGGCCAACCUCAAAUACCACGAGGACCAGCUGCUCUUCAACAGGCACCAGGUGGAUGAAAAGGAGAUGGAGAGGAUGGUAGAGAUGCUCCGCGGUGAAAUCAGGUUCUUCGAGACGAAGAAGGAGCGGCAGGUAGCACACGAGCUUCAACACUACCCCAAGCAGGAGUCCAGCUGCGAGAGUGACAAGGCCGAUGCCGGUUCUGACUCUCAGCCACCGAGAUCCUCCAGCGGUCAGACCUCUCUCCCUGAUCAGCAAAAAGUGGCCGCUGCCCUGGAGGGCGCGCGCAAGCCGGGAUCGCUCCGCAAGAGGGAGUCGAACCGUAUCAGGUCAGGAGAGAUCAGCACUCGCACCAACGGGCUCGCCUUUGGCUCCCCUGAUCCCAAGUGCGGCGCUGGCGCACCUGAGCCGCUCAGGAGCUCAGUCCUACCCAGUGGCGCUGCCCUGGCUCCCCCGUUCGAGCCUCGCUCAGGGCAAGUUUUCGAGGUGCCGAGGCAGCGGUCGUUGGACGACAGCUUCGCUAGUGUGGUGCUCACGGAUGAGGCUCGCAAGGCCUCAAUGGAGCGUCUGCUCUCUGCCGGCGCUGGGGCGUGGGAUCAGUUCGAGGGCACCGGAAAGCCUGAAAACAAUGCGCCGACCACAGCCAGGCCAUCCAAGGGUGCCACCAAGAAGCUCGCCACGACCUCGUCCAUGUCUUCCCAGGACAAGCCUCGCUACGAGUUGCCUUAUCUCAUCGGAACGUUGCCCCCUGGAACUGAUACCCGCACCGCCCAUGACACCGACUACAAGUACCCGCGAGCUCUCACCGAUGCAGAGACAAGGGCUCGCUACCUGUAUUGGUCCAAGGCCCCUGCAGAGUACCGGGUCGGUCUUCCGAAAUACGAUGGGCGUAACUUCUACAGGGCAUCGCCGCCGGCCACAGAUUCAAGCGAGACGGCUAUUGACGCCUCCCACACUGGUUCUGCUCAGCGAAAUCCCUCGACCUCGACCGACUCCGGUAUCUCGUUCAAGAAGCCUGCGGUGACACGCGAUCCAUUCUGCCCAUCCACGCCGAAGAAGCAGACGCCGCAAGCUCAGCCAGUGGUCACCUCGGCCUCUGCCAAUAUUGCCAACAUGACCCGGAAGCAUGGCAACUUGAGCAUGGGCGAGGUUUCUCUCAACACCGGGGCGAGGCUUCAGGGUCGUACAUCCGCCCAGAGUGCCCGGCCUGCCGACGCAGAUGUCAAAUCAAUCGAUUGUCUCGACAAGCGGUCUUCGGAGAGGCCUGGUGCUCGGCUGCUUCAAGCAAUGCUCAAGCGUGGAGCCAACCGUAGCAGCGAAGCGCUCCCAGGUGCCGUCACAUCGACCAACGCACAUGGCUAUGUUCCGCCAUUCGGCUUCUCAACCUUCUCCAUGGCUCCCCCAACCAUGGGUCCCAUUGUGGCGCAUCCUUCGGGGUCGCCCGCGCUCUCGGCCCCGAGCAAGACCUCGGACAAGAACAGCGGCAUACAGGCUACACCCAUGGAGAGGCAGGCGGAAAACCGUCCUCCUCUAGGGCAGUCGUCUCUCGAGGAGCAGUUCCGCCGGAUGGUAUCCGGCGAAACGAAGCAGCAGGCCCAGAGUUCCAUCCCUGUGGACGGCAGAACUCAAGAUGCCUGGCGAUGA